AAAAAGAGCAAUUGUCCAUAAAACAUCAUCACACCAUAAAUCACUCUUUUAACAACAAAAAAUAGGGAUCAAAGUCCAAAACGCUUAAACGUCAUUAAUAUUUAUAUACGAAACCCAUGUUACACAUGUUUAAUGCGGUCUGCUAAAGCUACAGAGUAACACGUGCACGUCGCCCACGUGGUGACACAAAUACGCUUCAAUUAAUUGUAUUAAUUUUAAUACAUGUCAUUGCGUAACCGGAAUCGCAGAUAGGUGUCGUUAAUAAAUUACUCGUGUUUAGUUUUUAUUGCAGAUUCAAGCUCGAGCGACGCAUAUUAGCAUGGGUUACACACCACGUGUUCCUCCUAUGGAUCAAAUCUCUUCUCGAAACGUUCCGUUACUGGACUAAAGGACCGAUCGUAUUCACAUUAAACUGCGGAGAUAACCUUAACAAUCACGAGGGUGGAGGAGUUUGUUGAAACGUACGUCAGAGAAAGUAAGUAUCACCUCAGCGUGAUCAAAGACUUUCUAUAAAGCGUUGACUGCUCCCAGAACACGGACAGAACCACACGCAACCUGCUACGACCACGACCUGCAUAUUGUAUAAAGUUCAUGUCAAUGAUGCAAAGAUCAGUGACCGGAUGCUUGGCUCUGGUGUGUAUUGUUUCCCUGCUGGCUGAGCAGGCCGAGGGUCACAUCACAUUCUUCAGCCCAAAAGAGAUGAGAGAGCUCAGGGAGAAGGAAGGCAAGAAGGAUGCUGAACUUCGGGCAGAGAGCAGCUUGAUUAAUGGACUGUCUGAAGUAGAGGAUGGAGGAGAGGCCGUGGGUCAACAUAUUGAAAUUGGAUUAAAACUCACUGCUAAAAAGGGACACUUUGGGUCUGCUGUCGGUAAGAUGCUGCAGAACAUCUUGGAGGAACCAAAGGCCGGUAAGGACAAUAAAACCCAAUGAAAUAAAAAUAUGUACACUCACACAGACCACUCUAAUAUCUGUUGUACGCUUUAUUUUGACAGAGAAAUAAGGGAUUUUAAUGCACUUUGAAUGACAAUUGCAGCCUGACGAUUUGCCAAGAUUGCAAGCACAAAUGGUUUAUUUACUAAUGUAAAGACAAUCGCAAUAAAAUGAAAUUGCAUGCA